AUGGGCGGGUUUGGGGUCCCUGGGGGGUUUGAGGGGGGUUUUGGGGGUCCGAGGGGGUUUGGGGGGUCCUGGGGGGUUUUGGGGUCCCAGGGUGUUUGGGGCCCGGGGUGUUUUGGGGUGUCAGGUUGUUUUGGGGUGUCAGGGUGCUCUGGGGGUCCCGCAGUACCCGGGGUGGACGUGCAGAACUUCAGCACGAGCUGGCGGGACGGACGCGCCUUCAACGCCAUCAUCCACCGGCACCGGCCGGAGCUGGUGCCGGCGCCGUGGGGCAGCAGCGCGCAGCAGCGGUUGCUCAACGCCUUCAGCGUGGCCGAGCGGGAGCUGGGGCUGGCGCGCCUGCUGGACCCCGAGGACGUGGCGGUGGAGCAGCCGGACGAGCGCUCCAUCCUGACGUACGUGUCGGCGCUCUAUCACCGCUGCUCCAGGAUCCGGGCGCUGGAGCGCCAGGGGAAGCGCCUCGGCAAGGUUCUGGAUGCGGCGCUUGAGGCCGAGCAGCUCGUGGGGCGCUACGAGGAGCAGGCGGCCGAGCUGCUGGGCUGGAUCCAGCGCACCGUGCUGGCGCUCACCGACCCGCGGCUGCCGGCGGCGCUGCCGGCGCUGCAGGGGCAGCUCCAGGCGUUCAGCAGCUACCGCACCACCGAGAAACCCCCGCGGUUCACGGCCAAGGGCGCCCUGGAGGUGCUGCUGUUCUCGCUGCAGAGCCGCAUGCGCAGCAACAACCAGCGCGUCUGGGCGCCCGGGGACGGGCGGCUGCCGGCUGACAUCAACAGGGCGUGGGCGGGGCUGGAGCGGGCGGAGCACGCGCGGGAGCUGGCGCUGCGCACGGCGCUGAUCCGGCAGGAGCAGCUGGAACAGCUGGCGCAGCGGUUCCACCGCAAGGCCGACAUGCGGGAGAGCUGGCUCGGGGACAACCGGCGGCUGCUGGCGCAGGCCAACUUUGGCGCGGACCUUCCCGCGGCGGAGGCGGCGCUGCGGCGGCACGAGGCGCUGCGCGCUGACGUAGAGGCGUACGGCGGGCGCGUGGCGGCGCUGGCGGCGGCGGCGGCGGAGCUGGAGGCGGGGCGUUACCAUGGCGCCGGCCGCGCGCUGGCGCGCCGCGACCGCGUGCGCCGCCUGUGGGAGGAGCUGCGCGAGCUGCUGGCCGCGCGCCGGCGCCGCCUGCUGCGCCACGUGCGCCUGCAGGAAGUGCUGAGCGACGCGCGCCACCUGGCGGCCUGGAUGGGUCACGUGGAGGGCCGCCUGUCGCAGUGCCCGCCGGAGCAGGAGGUGCCGGCGCAGCUGCAGCUGCAGGCGCUGCUGGAGGCCGACAUCGCCGCGCAGGCCGAGCGCGUCCGCGCCGUCCGGGACGCCGCCCUGGCCCUCAGCGCCGACACGGACGGCUCCCAGCCCUGCGACCCCCCGUCGGCGCUGGAGCGCGCGCGGGCGCUGGAGCGGCGCUUCGGCGAGCUGUCGGCGCUGGCGGGCGAGCGCCGGGCCCGGCUGGAGGAGUCGCGGCGCUUCUGGCAGUUCCGCUGGGACGCAGGCCAGGAGGACGCCUGGAUGGGCGAGCAGGAGCGGCUGCUCCGCGCCACCGCGGCCACCGCGCCCGCCCGCGACCUCCCCGGCGCCCUGCGCCUGCUGAGCCAGCACCACGCCUUCCAGAGCCAGCUGGGCGGCCGCGCCGCGGCGCUGGAGCGGGCGCUGGAGCGCGGCCGCGAGCUGGCGGCGCAGGGGGGACGCGGGGCGGCCAAGGCGGCCGCGCUGGUGCGGGACAUGGAGCAGCGCUGGCGCUCGCUGGUCGACCUGGCGGCCGAGCGACACCGGAGCCUGCGGGAAGCCGCCGGCGUCUUCCAGUUCCAGGCGGAGGCGGCGGAGGCGGCGGCGCGGCUGGAGGACACGCGGCGCCUGGCGGCCGGCGCCGGGACGGGCCGCGACGAGCACACGGCGCGCAGCCUGGCGCGGCAGCACCGCGCCGUGCAGGACGAGCUGCGCGGGCACCGCGCCGCCAUCGACGCCCUGCGCCAGCAGGCGGCCGCGCUGCCGCCCGGCGUGGCCGAGGAUCCCGGCGUGGCGGCGCCGGUGGCAGAGCUGGAGCGGAGCUACCGGGAGGUGGAGGAGCUGGUCGAGCGCCGGCGCCGGGAGCUGGAGGACGCGCUGAGGUUCUUCACCAUGCGCGGCGAGGCGGACGCCUGCGCGCUGUGGCUGGGCGAGAAGGAGCAGUGGCUGCUGGCCGUGGCCGUGCCGGAGCGCCUGGAGGACCUGGAGGUGGUGCAGCAGCGGUUUGAGACGCUGGAGCCGGAGAUGAACCAGCUGGCGUCGCGCGUGGGCGCCGUGAACCGCGCGGCCGAGGAACUGCUGGGCGCCGGGAGCAACCAGGAGGGCGUCCGCGCCGCCCGCCAGCAGCUCAACGACAGGUGGGAGCGCUUCCGCGCGCUGGCCGAGCAGAAGAAGGCGGCGCUGAGCUCGGCACUGGACCUGCAGAACUUCCAGCUGGAGUGCGACGAGGCCGCGGCGUGGAUGCGCGACAAGACCGACGCCAUCGCGUCCAUGCGGGGCCUUGGCAACAACCCCCCCGGUGUCGCCACGCUGCAGUGCAAGCUCUCGGCCGUGGAGCGUGACCUGGACGCCAUCCAGGCCAAGCUGCACCACUUACGAGCCGAGGGGGAGAAGCUGGUGGCCCGGCACCCCGCGGAAGCCUCGGCAGUGCCGGCGCGGCUGUCGGCGCUGGAUGGCGAGUGGGACGAGCUGCGUGGCGCGCUGCGGCGGCGCGAGGAGGCGCUGGAGGCGGCCAGCAAGCUGCAGGGCGUCCUGCGCGACCUGGCGGCGCUGCAGGGCUGGGUGGCCCAAACCGCCGCGGCCGUGGCCACCGAGGACGCGCCGGCCACGCUGGCCGAGGCUGAGCGGCUGCUGAGCCAGCACGAGGCGCUGGGCGAGGAGAUGGCGCGCUACGGCGGCGAGUACCGCAGCGCGCGGGCCGCGGGCCGGGAGGCGACGCGCGGACAGACGGACGCGGUGCUGCGGCAGCGGCUGGAGGCGCUGGACGCCGGCUGGGAGGAGCUGGGCAGGAUGUGGGAGAAGCGGCGCCAGCGGCUGCGCCAGGCCCUGGCGUUCCAGAUGUUCCUCCGCGACGCAAAACAGCUGGAGGGCGUCCUCAGCAAGCAGGAGUACGCGGUGGCGCAUGCCGAUGUGCCCGGCACGGUGCCGGGAGCCGAGGCUGCCGUCAAGAAGCUGGAGGAUGUGGUGGGCGCCGUGGACGCCGCCGGCGAGCGGCUGCAGGGGAUGGUGGCCGCCGGGGAGAAGUUGGUGGCCGAGGGCAACCCCCACGGUGAGGAGGCGCGGGAGACGGUGGCGGCGCUGGAGAGCAGGCACCGCGGGAACCAGGAGGCGGCGCAGGAGCUGCUGGAGCGGCUGAAGGACAACCUGGAGCUGCAGCGGUUCCUGCAGAAGGCGCAGGAGCUGGAGCUGUGGCUGGAGGAGAAGCUGCGGACGGCGCAGGACGGGUCGUAUGGGGACGCGCGGAGCCUGCGCAGCAAGUGCCAGCGGCACCAGGCGCUCGCCGCAGAGCUGGCGGCCAACCGCGGCUGGCUGGACGGCCUGCAGGAGGAGGCCCGCGGGCUGUGCGCGGCCCGUCCGGCGCUGUCGGCCGCGGUGCGGGCGCGGGUGGCGGCGCUGGGCCCGCGCUGGGCGGCGCUGGAUGCGGCCACGCGCGGCACGGCCCGGCGGCUGCAGGAGGCGCUGCGCACCGAGCUGUGCGCACAGGCCUGCGCCGCGCUGCGCCGCGCCGUGGACGCGCUGCACCGGCAGCUGCGCCAGAGCCACCGCGGACACGACCUCGGCAGCGUGGCACGGCUCAUCAGCGCGCACCAGGUGCUGGAGAAGCAGGCGCAGGAGCGGGAGGAGGAGCUGGCGGCGCUGGGCGCGCAGGCGCGGGCGCUGGGCCCCGAGCUGCAGGCGCAGGUGGCGGCGCUGGAGCAGCAGCUGCGGGCGCUGCGGGAGCCGCUGCGGGAGCGCGGCCGCCUCCUCGCCGCCUCGCGCCGCCAGCACCAGCUGCGCCGGGACCUGGAGGACGAGAUCCUGUGGGUGCAGGAGCGCCGUCCCUUGGCCGAGUCCACCGACCAUGGCAAAGACCUGCCGUCCGUCCAGCUGCUCAUCAAGAAGAACGAGACGCUGCAGAAGGAGCUGCAGGGCCACGAGCGGCGUGUGGAGGAGCUGCUGGCACAGCUGGCGGGUGACACCGACACCGCCACCAACACCGCAACUGACACCACCACCGGCGCCAACACCGCCAUUGACACCAACACUGACACCAACACCGCAACUGACACCGCCACCAACACCGCAACUGACACCACCACCGGCGCCAACACCGCCAUUGACACCAACACUGACACCAACACCGCAACUGACACCACCACCGGCGCCAACACCGCCAUUGACACCAACACUGACACCAACACCGCAACUGACACCACCACCGGCGCCAACACCGCCAUUGACACCAACACCGCCACCAACACCGCAACUGACACCACCACCGGCGCCAACACCGCCAUUGACACCAACACUGACACCGCCACCGCCACCAACACCGCCACCAACACCGCAACUGACACCGCCACCGACGCCAACACUGACACCAACACCGCCACCAACACCGCAACUGACACCGCCACCAACGCCAACAUCGCCACCACCGCCACCGCCAACACUGACACCAACACCGACACCACCACCACCACCGAUACCACCGCCAACACCGCCACCGCCACCGCCGCGGCCGCCGCCGCGGGUGCCGCCGCCGCGGGGGAGCGCCUGCGGGCCGCCUGGCGGGAGCUGCGGCUGCUGGCCGAGCGGCGGCACCGGCGGCUGCUCCUGGCGCUGGCCGCGCACCAGUUCUACCGCGACGCCGCCGAGGCCGAGGCCUGGAUGGGCGAGCAGGAGCUGCGCAUGCUGGCGCAGGACAAGGCCAAGGAUGAGCCGGGCGCGCAGGCGGCGCUGAGCAAACACCUGGUGCUGGAGCAGGAGCUGCGCGACUACGCGCACACGGUGCGGCAGCUGGCGGCGCAGAGCGGGGACAUGGCCGAGCGGGGACACCCCGAGAGCGAGCGGCUGCGCGCGCGGCAGGCGCAGGUGGAGCGGCAGUGGGCGGCGCUGGCGGCGCUGGCCGGGGAGCGCCGGCGGGCGCUGCAGCAGCACCAGCGCCUGUGCCAGCUCAAGCGCGACGUGGACGACCUGGCGCACUGGAUCGCCCAGCGCGAGAUGGUGGCCGCGGCGCACGAGCUGGGACAGGACUACGAGCACGUCACGCUGCUCCGCGCCAGGUUCCGCGAGUUCUCCCGCGCCACGAGCGGGCUGGGGCAGGAGCGCGUGGACGGGCUGAACGCGCAGGCGGCCGCGCUGGUGGCCGGUGGCCACCCGGCCAGCGCGACGGUGGCCGAGUGGCAGGACGGGCUGAACGAGGCCUGGGCCGACCUGCUGGAGCUGAUGGACACGCGGGCGCAGGCGCUGGCGGCGGCGCACGAGCUGCAGCGCUUCCUGGCGGGCGCGCGGCAGGCGCUGGCGCGGCUGCGGCACAAGGAGCAGCGGCUGCCGGAGGAGCUGGGCCGGGACCUGAGCGCGGCCGAGGCGCUGGCGCGGGGACACCGGGCGGACGAGAACGACGUGGAGGCGCUGGGAGCGCAGGUGCGGCAGGUGCAGGAGGACGCGGCGCGGCUGGCGCAGGCGUACGCGGGCGAGCAGGCGGCCGAGAUCCGGCGGCACGAGCAGGCGGUGGCCGAGGCCUGGGAGCGGCUCCGCGGCAGCUGCCAGAGCCGGCGCCGGCGCCUCCUGGACACCGUGGACAUGUUCCGGUUCCUGCGCGCCGCCCGCGACCUGCUGCUCUGGACCGACGGCGUCCGCCUGCAGAUCGAGGGCCGGGAGCGCCCGCGGGACGUGUCGGCGGCCGAUCUGGUGAUCAAGAACCACCAGAGCGUGAAGGCGGAGCUGGAGGCGCGCGCCGAUCGCUUCGACGCCUGCGUGGCCACCGGCACCGCGCUGCUGGAGAGGGGGCACUACGCGGCUGACAAGAUCACGGAGCAGCUGUCCCAGCUCCAGGAGCGCCGCCGCGACCUGUGGGCGUGCUGGCAGGACAAGAUGGACUGGCUGCAGAUCGUGCUGGAGGUGCUGGUGUUCGGGCGCGACGCCGGGGCGGCCGAGGCGUGGCUGAGCAGCCGGGAGCCGCUGCUGCGCGCCGGGGAGCUGGGCCGCAGCGUGGCCGAGGCCGAGACGCUGCUCAAGCGCCACCGCGGCUUCCAGAAGGCGGCGGCCGCCUGGGACGAGCGCUUCGCCGCGCUGGAGCGGCUCACCACGGUAUGGGGGCGGGGGGAGUUUGGGGGGGCUGGGGGGUCUAGGAUUGG